GCAGGGUUCUACCAGUCAAGGGGCGCAAAAACAGAGUACUGGGGUUCGGACAAGAGCCCAGCAGGCGAGAGUGCAAGUGAUGACUCAUAAGGAAGCUGCGGCCAUCGACGUAAUCACGGAUACCUUGCCUGUUAACUCUGAUUAUGCGCAUGUUUUAUUUGAUUCGGGUGCAUCGCACUCUUUUAUUGCUCGAUCUUAUGCUUUGAAACGAGCUUUGCCUGUUGAUACCUCUGAUUGUGAACUGCAUGUGGACACCCCUUUAGGAGGGGUGAUGACUACUAAAGAGAUGUGUAGGACUGUAGAUAUUUAUAUUGAUGGUAGACAGCUGAGUGCUAGUCUGUUUGUGUUAGAUAUCUCCGAUUUUGAUAUCAUUUUGGGGAUGGAUUGGCUGUCAAAACAUUUUGCCUCUAUAGACUGUCAUCGGAAAUGGGUAAUUUUUAAUAUUCUUGGUGAGCCAGAAUUUAGUUUCCAAGGCAGUGGUUCUUUUGCGCCACCCGUGUUAGUAUCUGCCUUGCAGGCUCAGAAAUAUCUUGUGAAUGGUUGCCAGGGUUUCCUAGUCUCCGUUACUGAUGCUAGUAGUGUGACAUCGAGACUAGAGGACAUACCGGUGGUGCGUGAGUUUCCGGAUGUGUUUCUGGAGGAUGUCCCAGGUUUACCUCUGGAUAGAGAGGUUGAAUUUGCUAUUGACCUUGUUCCUGGCACCGGACCCGUUUCCAAAGCACCAUACCGUAUGGCUCCUGCAGAACUGAAGGAGUUAAAAAAGAAGGAUGGGAGCAUGAGGCUAUGCAUUGAUUACCGGGAAUUGAAUAAGGUGAUUGUGAAGAAUUGGUAUCCCCUUCCUACAAUUGAUGACUUGUUUGACCAGCUCAAGGGUGCUCAGGUAUUUUCUAAAAUUGAUCUUCGAUAUGGCUACCACCAGUUGAAGAUUAAACCGGAUGAUGUGCCAAAGACUGCCUUCCGCACCCGUUAUGGUCAUUAUGAAUUCAUAGUCAUGCCAUUUGGCUUGACAAAUGCCCCUGCCAGAUUUAUGGAUUUGAUGAAUCGGGUGUUUAGCAAGUACCUAGAUCAGUUCGUGGUUGUCUUCAUUGAGGACAUUUUGAUCUACUCUUCUAGCCGCACUCUUCAUGAAAAGCACUUAAGAACAGUUCUCGAGACAUUGAGAAGUGAGAGGCUGUUUGCUAAAUUUAAGAAGUGUGAAUUCUGGCUAGACAAUGUUGCAUUCCUAGGGGAUUUCUCUAGAACUGCUCUGCCAAUGACUCGUCUUAUCAGGAAGGACACCAAGUUUGAGUGGACUCCAGAGUGUGAGGAGAGCUUUUUGGCCUUGAAGGAGAAGUUGGUCACUGCUCCUUUAAAGCCUUAUGAAGAAAAUUACCCUACCCAUGAUCUGGAGUUGGCAGCUGUAGUAUUUGCACUCAAGAUCUGGAGGCAUUAUUUGUAUGGUGAGACUUGUGAAAUCUUCACUGAUCACAAGAGCCUUAAGUAUAUUUUCACUCAAAAGGAGCUUAAUAUGAGGCAGAGGCGACGGCUUGAACUUUUAAAGGACUACGACUUGACCAUUAGCUACCAUCCGGGCAAGGCUAACAAGGUAGCAGAUGCGUUGAGUAGGAAGUCCUCUGGCACUGCCUUUAGCAUCCUUGCCACUCAGAAGGAGUUACUUGAGGAUCUUGUGAAACUGGAUGUGGAGUUGAGAAUGGACAGCACUACGGCUUAUCUAGCCGCUCUCAGUGCACAACCGGCAUUAAUAGAUAGAAUUAAACUUGCCCAGCAGAAAGAUCCUUUCUUGCAGAGGAUGAAGGAAAAAGUAAAAGCCGGGGAACCCUACAUGCGUGAGAUUAUAGGAGAUGCCCAUUAUACUAGCUAUACAAUUCACCCAGGUAGCACCAAGAUGUAUCGCGAUUUACGUAGUACAUUUUGGUGGCGGAACAUGAAGAAGGAGAUAGCUAGAUUUGUCUCACAGUGCCUGACUUGCCAAAAGGUCAAGGCUGAACAUCAGAGAAUUCCUGGAAAACUGCAGCCGUUACUUAUUCCUCAGUGGAAGUGGGAAAACAUCACCAUGGACUUUGUGACUGGCUUACCACGAACCUUAAAGGAUAGAGAUACCAGCUUUUUAUCUCAUUUCUGGACAAGCUUGCAGCAGGCACUUGGUACUCAAUUAAAUUUCAGCACGGCCUUUCAUCCUCAAACUGAUGGGCAAUAUGAGAAAACUAUUCAGAUACUUGAGGACAUGUUGAGGGCUUGUGUUCUAGAUUGGAAAGGUUCAUGGGAUCAACACUUAUCCAUGGCUGAAUUUGCAUACAAUAAUAGCUAUCAGUCCAGCAUCCGCAUGGCACCGUUUGAGGCUUUAUAUGGUCAAAGGUGUAGAUCACCUGUUUGUUGGACGGAAGUGGGCGAAAGGAGCAUUUUAGGCCCAGAAUUGGUGCAACAAUCCUCUGAGAUUGUGAAGUUGAUUAAGGAACGCCUUCGUGCUGCACAAAGCAGGCAGAAAAGCUAUGCGGAUAGAAGGAGACGAGACCUUGAGUUUGAAGUUGGUGACCAUGUAUUUUUUGAAGGUGUCACCCACUCGAGGUGUCCUCAGGUUCGGCAUCCGGGGAAAAUUGAGUCCGAGUUAGCGAGUGUGCAUAAUGUGUUCCACGUGUCUUUACUUCGAAAGUAUGUUCCCGACCCGAGUCACAUCAUUAAUCCUGAACCAAUUCAACUCCGGGAGGAUCUUACUUAUGACGAGCACCCAAUCUGCAUUUUAGAUUUCAAGGAGAGGAUAAUGCGGAGAAGGACCAUUCGUUUUGUUAAGGUCCUCUGGGAUAACCAUUCGGUUGAAAAAGCUACCUGGGAGUUGGAAUCCAAGAUGAGGUAGGAACAUCCGCACCUCUUCCAAGAUUGAGGUAUGAGUUUAGGGGACUAAACUCCUUUUUAGGAGGGGUGGAUGUAAUACCCCAAAAUUUCCUAGAGCAUUAAAGUUGAGUUAGGGAC